AUGGACACCCCAAUCAAGACUCGCUUUUUUAUCAUAUCGGAUACCCACGGCGAGGAUCUGGCAAGUCGUCUUACCGAACCAGUCGACGUCGUAAUUCACUGUGGCGACCUCACGGAACACUCCAAGCUUGAUGAGUUCGGACAAGCUAUACGGCUACUGAAAUCUAUAGAUGCGCCACUGAAGCUCGUUAUCGCCGGCAAUCACGACUGGACUCUUGACGAUACAUUGUAUGAAGAAAAGCUGGUCGAGUCAAAAUUCAAGCCACCAAAGGAGGACGACGCUGUUCGAAAAGCCUUCGGCGACUUUGGAGAGGCAAGAGCACUCUUCGAAGCCGAGAGAUCUGCAGGAAUUUUGUUUCUUGACGAGGGCACUCAUGAUUUCCAGCUUGCAAAUGGCUCUUCUCUAAGAGUCUACGCGAGUGCCUUCACACCUUCAAAUGAGAACCACGGGGGCUAUCCAUACGAUCCUCUUCCAGGCCAUGAUUGGAAUAUCGGAGAUGAUGUCGACAUUGCGAUUACCCACAGUCCUCUCAAAGGAGUGCUGGAUAAUAGAGCUGGAUGCAGGAUGCUGUUCACUGCCAUUGCAAGAGCACGGCCAUUGAUGCAUUGUUUUGGCCACAUCCACGAGGCUUGGGGAGCGAAGAAGGUCACCUGGCGCGGCAAUGAGGCAAGCAAAUACCCCGACCCUCUUACCGAGAUGGAUGGUCUGGCAUCAGAGGUCAUUCAAAGUCUUGCGAAACUACGAGGCGCAAGGGAGGAUGCAAAACAAGAUGGGCAGCUCAAAGCUGAGCUGAGUGACAUGGAUGGUAGAGGCUAUUGUCAAGCGGCCCCGAAACUGCAACGAGGGAAGCAAACAUUGUUUGUUAAUGCUGCUAUUCAAGAUGCAUUGAAAGAAAAACAGCAGAUGCCAUGGUUGGUAGAGCUUGAGCUUCCGAGAAGCAACAAGCAGUGAGUAGAGGAAGUCUCGAGUAUGAGAAGACACGAAGAAG